AUGUUUUCAGCGCUUUUUGGUAAGCGUAGAUCUUCUCCUGUAGAAGAUGAAACACCUCCUAUACCUGGCCCAAAGCCUGACGACGGAUUUGUAAUAGUCGAUCCAUCGUCGCCUCGAGGAGGUGGUUUAUAUCCUAGCGUGAGUGGAAUUCCUUAUCCUCAGCGGCCCGCGCCAACACCACCAGUGAGAACGAAGCCGAUUGCAGACCAAAGUUUCCAUUAUUUACAAGGUGUUCCUUUUUCACUGUCUCGCGAGUUACAAAUGUCGACAAACAAGGACACAUUUGCAGCGGAAAUUGGUGAUCUAUUGGCAUUUUUAACAAAUAGAAUGAAUAUGAAGAAUUACGACUACGACUUUACUGCAGAAAAAAGUGUGCUUAAAGAAUGUUAA